AUGGGGAAUGUGCUGACCUUUGAGCUGGGAGGUGGCACUUUUGAUGUGUCAAGCCUAACAACUGAAGAUGGUAACUUGGAAAUCAAGUCAACUGCUGGAGACACCCACUUAAGAGGAGAAGAUUUUGAAAACCGAAUGGUCAACCAUUUUACGGCCGAGUUCAAGCGAAAGCAUAAGAAGAACAUCAGUGAGAACAAGCGUGCUGUGUGCCGUCUUCGCACUGCGUGUGAGCGAGCUAAGCGCACCCUGUCUUCCAUCACCCAGGCCAGUACUGAGAGUGAUUCACUCUAUGAAGAAAUUGACUUUGCACGGUUUGAAGAAUUGCAUGCUGAUCUAUUCCGGGGCACCCUGGGCCCUGUAGAGAAAGCCCUAGGGGACGCCAAGCUGGACAAGUCCCAGAUCCAUGACAUUGUCCUAGUGGGCGGCUCUACUCAUAUUCCCAAGAUUCAGAAACUGCUACAGGACUUCUUCAAUGGAAAAGAACUUAAUAAGAGCAUUAACGCUGGGAGCUGA